CAGUACGUUUUGAGUUGUGCUUCGCGACGGUUGGUGAUCUUAAAAAAGUGCUCCGAACACGAACAGGGUCUAUAUAGUAUACAGUAGUACAGUGCCUGGUCCGUAUAGUCUCUCCCCGGUUUUGUAUCGCUUUUUUGGCAUCUAAGCAGUGUAUCUGUGUAGCUGUAUCUUGAACUGCUCCCCACCGCGCUGCAUCCGAGACUCUCUCCCCCCCGACCCCAACGGGUAUUCUGGUGUGUGUGUGAGAGUGCCUAGCUUUUAGCUGGCACCGUUGAGUUAUUGUUGUUUUUGGUGCUUCAACUUGAACUAUGGGUCGCGUGUUCGUGUGCGUAUUAUAAAUAUUGUGUAUAUAUAUUUAAAAAUAAGUAUUUCGACAUUCCACGGCGGUGGAAAGUAUGUGACACAUCAGUCCAGAUCCCAACAACCACGUCCCAUUCACAUCGCACACAAGUAUAUAUAUAUUAUUAUUAGUACGAGUGCCAAAAAGCAACGAACCGAGCAAUUAUUGUGAUUAAUAGCAACGAAAAAUAACGAAAAACGACCUCAAAUCAGCUGCCAAAGGCCAUUGAAAAGCCAUAAUCCAACCAGGUGCAUUAUUUACGGCUCUCUUGUAGUGAUUACCUCAUCCGUGUCAGAGCUCAGCCAGCAAAAUGGUAUCAAAAAGCAAUAAAAAGAAACAAGUGUCUCACCAGCACCAGCAGCAACAGCAACAACAUCAGCAACAACCAGCAACAUCUACCACAACAACAUCGUCGUCGGCCUCGGCCACUAAGCUGACAAAAAAGCUGGGACCCGAUGCGUUCGCCACUUUGGCAACCAACCAGAGCUCCACCACCAUGGAGCACGAAUCGGUGUCCUACGGCGAGCCAGUGGCCGGCACUUCGACUGACACUAUGCCGGCUGCUGGAGUCAGGAGCUAUAGCAGCCGAAGCAGCAGGAGCAAGGCAUCGCAGUCCCAGUCUUCGUCCUCCUACGUAGAGCAAUCUCAGGUGCAACACAGUAGCAGCAGCAGCAGCAUCAGCAAGAUCUCCAGGGACUAUGCCAACGAGAAGAUCAUUUCAUCGAUUGAUCUGCUCGAAAGCGAAAAGAAAGAUCCAGUAUUCUCGGUGCCGAUCGAGGUGGUGGAGAUCACAACACCCACGCUAUCCGUCUCCGCCAGCGGGGGCAGUGUCUCGAAAAUGUACACGUCGUCCUCGUCGAUGUCUUCCAGCCAGAAGCUCCAGCAGCAGUUUGAGUCCACAACCAGUUCCAGUCUACGGAGCGCCAACGAAACGCUCAUUGGCAGCGAGAGAGCCGACACGGCUACCGGUAUGACAUCAUCCGGGCCGAGGAAACAGGUUGGCUUCGAUACAGACACCAAGACAAUGACAAACACCACCAGCAGUAGCAGCAGCACAAAAACAAGCACAAACAUCAACAUCAGCAACCUGAAGAGCAGCACUUCGACCAGCUCCAACGGCGGUGUUAUUCAUUUGAGCGAAUCUCAGAGCGUGCCAAAGCUGCCGCCAAGCAGCGGAACAGCUGAUGGAACCAUCAACGCAUCGGUGACGUCGCCGCCAGCGGCAGGCACCCGCCCCGAACCGGUUGCCGCGACGUCUGGCGCGACCACAACAAAGGCGACGACGUCAUCGACGUCCACGCGCCGCAACGAUAAACUGGAAGUGGAGGAGGCGAACACUGGCCGACACCGCACCGAUAGGCUCAGCACAGCUGUUGACACGGCUACGUCAUCGUCGUCCAAGUCCAACAAGGAGGUCAGCGAGAGCACACUCCUCCAGAGCUCGAGCAGCAGCAAACAGUCCAAGUCCACGUCCAAGAAGGAGGUGUACGACGUGAAGACCAAAACCUGGACGGAGUACAGCGAUGGUAGCACCCAGGGCCCAAACAAGAGUCGUCCUGCCUUCGAGCGUUAUGUCAGCAAGGAGACGGAUGGUAGCAGCAAAGUAACCUACAAGAAGAAGAUAUACGACAGACGCAACAAUCGGUGGCGCGUUGUGGAUGAACGGACGGUGGAUAGCACCGCUGACCCGGGCUAUCCUGAAAUAGUGGAUGAUGUCAUUAAUACAACAACCACCACCUACACCACCAAGGUGUACGACACGAAGCUCGGCAAGUGGACGGUCGUGGACGAGAAGUCGUUCACUGAUACGAAAGCUUUCGUGCCCAAUGACAUUGCUCGUGAAAUCGAGAAAGAUAAUACCGAUGUUGCAAACAUAACGACUACCACAGAGGUAACAAAGAUUUUCGAUGCAAGCAUCAACGACUGGCGCGUCCUAGACGAAAAGGUUCACACGGAUGUCAUUGAGAAGAUCGUAGAGGCUCCCAAGAAGACCAUAUACGUGGACGAGUUUGUGGAGAUUGAGAAGAACACCUCGAUUUCGGAGAAUAAUGAGAACAUAACCCUGAACCUGAACGAAACAUCGAAACACAAAAAUAUUACCGAAAAUAUUUAUGAUGAAAUCGAUUAUGUGCGGACUGAUAAGCAACGCCUAGGCGACUCAAGAACCCGUGGAGUCGCAAAGAACAAGGUUUCCACUCACAGCGAAAGAUGCAUUUGUGAAAUUUGCACAUGCGGACGUCAUCAUUGCUCAUCUAGCACAACCAAAUCUACCGAAAAAACGAUCAUUCAAACAGACGAUACUGUCGACGAAGCAUACACGAGGAUACGUACGAAUACCUGGUCAAAAAAAGAUAAUGAAAACAUUCCCAAGCCAAACGAAGACAUUCUAGUGGAUUAUAUAGUCAUAAAGAAGCCAGAAGACAAUUUGAAGCCGGAAGGAGAAUUUAUAAUACCUCAAAAGGAGCCAUAUAGACCGGGGGAGAAGCGCGAGAAAAUUGUACAUACAGACAACCUUCGUACUGAGGGAGAAAUGACUUUUGUCGAGAAAGAGGAAUACCAAUACGCUGUUCGUCCCGGAUAUGUUAAGCCCACGGAUAAUCUUAAGCCCGAAGGAGAAUUCUUCAGUCCUCGGAAGCCAGAAUAUGUUCCGGGAGAAAGGCCUACACAAGUUCGCCAUCCCGACAAUCUUAAACCAGAGGGCGAGUUUUAUUCUCCCGAGAAGCCUGGUUACACGCCAGCCGACCGCCCAAUCCAAAAGCGGCCUGUCGACAAUCUUAAACCAGAGGGAGAAUUCGAAAGUCCGGAAAAACCUACUUACAGGCCAGCGGAGAGACCUCAAAAAAUCAUCCGGUCUGACAAUUUGCGUACUGAGGGGGAAAUGACAUUUGUGGAGCGGGAGGAGUACCAAUACGUCACAAGACCCGGACAAGUCAAGCCAACAGAUAACCUAAAGCCUGAAGGAGAAUUCUAUAGCCCCGAAAAACCGAAAUACAAGCCAGGCGAGCGACCAACUCAAGUAAGACACGAGGACAACCUCCGCCCAGAAGGGGAAUUCUACACUCCAGAAAAGCCAGGAUUUAGACCAUCUGAGAGACCAACUCAAAAGAGACCCCAAGACAACUUAAAACCAGAGGGAGAUUUCUACAGCCCAGAGAAACAACAGUACCAGCCUGGCGAACGGCCCUCUCAAGUACGACCAGAAGACAACCUUCGACCGGAAGGCGAGUUCUACACUCCGGAGAAACCUGGAUUCCGACCUGCAGAAAGACCCGUACAAAAAAGACCAGAGGAUAACUUGAGGCCUGAAGGCGAGUUUGUAAAGCCUGAGAAACAGGUGUACAAGCCAGCUGAAAAGACGGAAAGGAUUAUUCGCAAGGACAAUCUCCGAACUGAGGGAGAAAUGACUUUUGUCGAAAGGGAAGAGUAUCACUAUGUGGUGCGCCCCGACCAAGUUAAGCCCACUGAUAAUCUCAAACCCGAAGGAGAAUUCUACAGUCCAGAGAAACCGAAAUACAAGCCUGGCGAACGUCCUUCUCAAGUACGCCCAGAGGACAAUCUUCGACCAGAGGGAGAGUUCUACACUCCGGAGAAACCUGGAUUCCGCCCUGCAGAGAGACCUGUUCAAAAGAAACCUGAGGAUAACCUUAAACCCGAGGGAGAUUACAGCCCGGAAAAGCCCAAAUACCGGCCCGGAGAACGACCUUCUCAACCUGUUCAAAAGAAGCCUGAGGAUAACUUAAAGCCCGAAGGCGAGUUUGUAAAGCCUGAGAAACAGGUGUACAAGCCUCCUGAGAAGACGGAAAAGAUUAUUCGCAAGGACAAUCUCCGAACUGAGGGAGAAAUGACUUUUGUCGAAAGGGAAGAGUAUCACUAUGUGGUGCGCCCCGACCAAGUUAAGCCCACUGAUAAUCUCAAACCCGAAGGAGAAUUCUACAGUCCAGAGAAACCGAAAUACAAGCCUGGCGAACGUCCUUCUCAAGUACGCCCAGAGGACAAUCUUCGACCAGAGGGAGAGUUCUACACUCCGGAGAAACCUGGAUUCCGCCCUGCAGAGAGACCUGUUCAAAAGAAACCUGAGGAUAACCUUAAACCCGAGGGAGACUUCUACAGUCCAGAGAAACCGAAAUACAAGCCUGGCGAACGUCCUUCUCAAGUACGCCCAGAGGACAAUCUUCGACCAGAGGGAGAGUUCUACACUCCGGAGAAACCUGGUUUCCGCCCAGCAGAGAGACCCGUUCAAAAGAAACCAGAGGAUAACCUUAAACCCGAGGGAGACUUCUACAGUCCAGAGAAACCCAAAUACCGGCCCGGAGAACGACCUUCUCAAGUACGCCCAGAGGACAAUCUUCGACCAGAGGGAGAGUUCUACACUCCGGAGAAACCUGGUUUCCGCCCUGCAGAGAGACCUGUUCAAAAGAAGCCUGAGGAUAACUUAAAGCCCGAAGGCGAGUUUGUAAAGCCUGAGAAACAGGUGUACAAGCCUGCUGAGAAGACGGAAAAGAUUAUUCGCAAGGACAAUCUCAGAACUGAGGGAGAAAUGACUUUUGUCGAAAGGGAAGAGUAUCAAUAUGUUGUUCGUCCUGAACAAGUAAAGCCGACUGAUAAUCUCAAACCCGAAGGAGAAUUCUAUAGUCCAGAGAAACCGAAAUACAAGCCUGGCGAACGUCCUUCUCAAGUACGCCCAGAGGACAAUCUUCGACCAGAGGGAGAGUUCUACACUCCGGAGAAACCUGGAUUCCGCCCUGCAGAGAGACCUGUUCAAAAGAAACCUGAGGAUAACCUUAAACCCGAGGGAGACUUCUACAGUCCAGAGAAACCGAAAUACAAGCCUGGCGAACGUCCUUCUCAAGUACGCCCAGAGGACAAUCUUCGACCGGAAGGCGAGUUCUACACUCCGGAGAAACCUGGUUUCCGCCCAGCAGAGAGACCUGUUCAAAAGAAGCCUGAGGAUAACCUUAAACCCGAGGGAGACUUCUACAGUCCAGAGAAACCCAAAUACCGGCCCGGAGAACGACCUUCUCAAGUACGCCCAGAGGACAAUCUUCGACCAGAGGGAGAGUUCUACACUCCGGAGAAACCUGGUUUCCGCCCUGCAGAGAGACCUGUUCAAAAGAAGCCUGAGGAUAACUUAAAGCCCGAAGGCGAGUUUGUAAAGCCUGAGAAACAGGUGUACAAGCCUGCUGAGAAGACGGAAAAGAUUAUUCGCAAGGACAAUCUCAGAACUGAGGGAGAAAUUACUUUUGUCGAAAGGGAAGAGUAUCAAUAUGUUGUUCGUCCUGAACAAGUAAAGCCGACUGAUAAUCUCAAACCCGAAGGAGAAUUCUAUAGUCCAGAGAAACCGAAAUACAAGCCUGGCGAACGUCCUUCUCAAGUACGCCCAGAGGACAAUCUUCGACCGGAAGGCGAGUUCUACACUCCGGAGAAACCUGGUUUCCGCCCUGCAGAGAGACCUGUACAAAAGAAACCUGAGGAUAACCUUAAACCCGAGGGAGACUUCUACAGUCCAGAGAAACCCAAAUACCGGCCCGGAGAACGACCAUCUCAAGUACGCCCAGAGGACAAUCUUCGACCAGAGGGAGAGUUCUACACUCCGGAGAAACCUGGAUUCCGCCCUGCAGAGAGACCGGUUCAAAAGAAACCAGAGGAUAACCUUAAACCCGAGGGAGACUUCUACAGUCCAGAGAAACCAAAAUACCGGCCCGGAGAACGACCUUCUCAAGUACGCCCAGAGGACAAUCUUCGACCAGAGGGAGAGUUCUACACUCCGGAGAAACCUGGUUUCCGCCCAGCAGAGAGACCCGUUCAAAAGAAACCUGAGGAUAACCUUAAACCCGAGGGAGACUUCUACAGCCCGGAAAAGCCCAAAUACCGGCCCGGAGAACGACCUUCUCAAGUACGCCCAGAGGACAAUCUUCGACCAGAGGGAGAGUUCUACACUCCGGAGAAACCUGGAUUCCGCCCUGCAGAGAAACCUGUUCAAAAGAAGCCUGAGGAUAACCUUAAACCCGAGGGAGACUUCUACAGCCCGGAAAAGCCCAAAUACCGGCCCGGAGAACGACCAUCUCAAGUACGCCCAGAGGACAAUCUUCGACCGGAAGGCGAGUUCUACACUCCGGAGAAACCUGGUUUCCGCCCAGCAGAGAGACCUGUUCAAAAGAAACCUGAGGAUAACCUUAAACCCGAGGGAGACUUCUACAGUCCAGAGAAACCGAAAUACAAGCCUGGCGAACGUCCUUCUCAAGUACGCCCAGAGGACAAUCUUCGACCAGAGGGAGAGUUCUACACUCCGGAGAAACCUGGUUUCCGCCCAGCAGAGAGACCCGUUCAAAAGAAACCAGAGGAUAACCUUAAACCCGAGGGAGACUUCUACAGUCCAGAGAAACCCAAAUACCGGCCCGGAGAACGACCUUCUCAAGUACGCCCAGAGGACAAUCUUCGACCAGAGGGAGAGUUCUACACUCCGGAGAAACCUGGUUUCCGCCCUGCAGAGAGACCUGUUCAAAAGAAGCCUGAGGAUAACUUAAAGCCCGAAGGCGAGUUUGUAAAGCCUGAGAAACAGGUGUACAAGCCUGCUGAGAAGACGGAAAAGAUUAUUCGCAAGGACAAUCUCAGAACUGAGGGAGAAAUGACUUUUGUCGAAAGGGAAGAGUAUCAAUAUGUUGUUCGUCCUGAACAAGUAAAGCCGACUGAUAAUCUCAAACCCGAAGGAGAAUUCUAUAGUCCAGAGAAACCGAAAUACAAGCCUGGCGAACGUCCUUCUCAAGUACGCCCAGAGGACAAUCUUCGACCAGAGGGAGAGUUCUACACUCCGGAGAAACCUGGUUUCCGCCCAGCAGAGAGACCCGUUCAAAAGAAGCCUGAGGAUAACCUUAAACCCGAGGGAGACUUCUACAGUCCAGAGAAACCCAAAUACCGGCCCGGAGAACGACCUUCUCAAGUACGCCCAGAGGACAAUCUUCGACCUGAGGGAGAGUUCUACACUCCGGAGAAACCUGGAUUCCGCCCUGCAGAGAGACCUGUUCAAAAGAAGCCUGAGGAUAACUUAAAGCCCGAAGGCGAGUUUGUAAAGCCUGAGAAACAGGUGUACAAGCCUGCUGAGAAGACGGAAAAGAUUAUUCGCAAGGACAAUCUCAGAACUGAGGGAGAAAUGACUUUUGUCGAAAGGGAAGAGUAUCAAUAUGUUGUUCGUCCUGAACAAGUAAAGCCGACUGAUAAUCUCAAACCCGAAGGAGAAUUCUAUAGUCCAGAGAAACCGAAAUACAAGCCUGGCGAACGUCCUUCUCAAGUACGCCCAGAGGACAAUCUUCGACCGGAAGGCGAAUUCUACACUCCGGAGAAACCUGGUUUCCGCCCUGCAGAGAGACCUGUACAAAAGAAACCUGAGGAUAACCUUAAACCCGAGGGAGACUUCUACAGUCCAGAGAAACCGAAAUACAAGCCUGGCGAACGUCCUUCUCAAGUACGCCCAGAGGACAAUCUUCGACCAGAGGGAGAGUUCUACACUCCGGAGAAAACUGGAUUCCGCCCUGCAGAGAGACCCGUUCAAAAGAAACCAGAGGAUAACCUUAAACCCGAGGGAGACUUCUACAGCCCGGAAAAGCCCAAAUACCGGCCCGGAGAACGACCUUCUCAAGUACGCCCAGAGGACAAUCUUCGACCAGAGGGAGAGUUCUACACUCCGGAGAAAACUGGAUUCCGCCCUGCAGAGAGACCUGUUCAAAAGAAGCCUGAGGAUAACUUAAAGCCCGAAGGCGAGUUUGUAAAGCCUGAGAAACAGGUGUACAAGCCUGCUGAGAAGACGGAAAAGAUUAUUCGCAAGGACAAUCUCAGAACUGAGGGAGAAAUGACGUUUGUCGAAAGGGAAGAGUAUCAAUAUGUUGUUCGUCCUGAACAAGUAAAGCCGACUGAUAAUCUCAAACCCGAAGGAGAAUUCUAUAGUCCAGAGAAACCGAAAUACAAGCCUGGCGAACGUCCUUCUCAAGUACGCCCAGAGGACAAUCUUCGACCAGAGGGAGAGUUCUACACUCCGGAGAAACCUGGAUUCCGCCCUGCAGAGAGACCUGUUCAAAAGAAACCUGAGGAUAACCUUAAACCCGAGGGAGACUUCUACAGUCCAGAGAAACCGAAAUACAAGCCUGGCGAACGUCCUUCUCAAGUACGCCCAGAGGACAAUCUUCGACCAGAGGGAGAGUUCUACACUCCGGAGAAACCUGGUUUCCGCCCAGCAGAGAGACCCGUUCAAAAGAAACCAGAGGAUAACCUUAAACCCGAGGGAGACUUCUACAGCCCGGAAAAGCCCAAAUACCGGCCCGGAGAACGACCUUCUCAAGUACGCCCAGAGGACAAUCUUCGACCAGAGGGAGAGUUCUACACUCCGGAGAAAACUGGAUUCCGCCCUGCAGAGAGACCUGUUCAAAAGAAGCCUGAGGAUAACCUUAAACCCGAGGGAGACUUCUACAGUCCAGAGAAACCCAAAUACCGGCCCGGAGAACGACCUUCUCAAGUACGCCCAGAGGACAAUCUUCGACCUGAGGGAGAGUUCUACACUCCGGAGAAACCUGGAUUCCGCCCUGCAGAGAGACCUGUUCAAAAGAAGCCUGAGGAUAACUUAAAGCCCGAAGGCGAGUUUGUAAAGCCUGAGAAACAGGUGUACAAGCCUGCUGAGAAGACGGAAAAGAUUAUUCGCAAGGACAAUCUCAGAACUGAGGGAGAAAUGACUUUUGUCGAAAGGGAAGAGUAUCAAUAUGUUGUUCGUCCUGAACAAGUAAAGCCGACUGAUAAUCUCAAACCCGAAGGAGAAUUCUAUAGUCCAGAGAAACCGAAAUACAAGCCUGGCGAACGUCCUUCUCAAGUACGCCCAGAGGACAAUCUUCGACCAGAGGGAGAGUUCUACACUCCGGAGAAACCUGGAUUCCGCCCUGCAGAGAGACCUGUUCAAAAGAAGCCUGAGGAUAACUUAAAGCCCGAAGGCGAGUUUGUAAAGCCUGAGAAACAGGUGUACAAGCCUGCUGAGAAGACGGAAAAGAUUAUUCGCAAGGACAAUCUCAGAACUGAGGGAGAAAUGACUUUUGUCGAAAGGGAAGAGUAUCAAUAUGUUGUUCGUCCUGAACAAGUAAAGCCGACUGAUAAUCUCAAACCCGAAGGAGAAUUCUAUAGUCCAGAGAAACCGAAAUACAAGCCUGGCGAACGUCCUUCUCAAGUACGCCCAGAGGACAAUCUUCGACCAGAGGGAGAGUUCUACACUCCGGAGAAACCUGGAUUCCGCCCUGCAGAGAGACCUGUUCAAAAGAAGCCUGAGGAUAACUUAAAGCCCGAAGGCGAGUUUGUAAAGCCUGAGAAACAGGUGUACAAGCCUGCUGAGAAGACGGAAAAGAUUAUUCGCAAGGACAAUCUCAGAACUGAGGGAGAAAUGACUUUUGUCGAAAGGGAAGAGUAUCAAUAUGUUGUUCGUCCUGAACAAGUAAAGCCGACUGAUAAUCUCAAACCCGAAGGAGAAUUCUAUAGUCCAGAGAAACCGAAAUACAAGCCUGGCGAACGUCCUUCUCAAGUACGCCCAGAGGACAAUCUUCGACCAGAGGGAGAGUUCUACACUCCGGAGAAACCUGGAUUCCGCCCUGCAGAGAGACCUGUUCAAAAGAAACCUGAGGAUAACCUUAAACCCGAGGGAGACUUCUACAGUCCAGAGAAACCGAAAUACAAGCCUGGCGAACGUCCUUCUCAAGUACGCCCAGAGGACAAUCUUCGACCAGAGGGAGAGUUCUACACUCCGGAAAAACCUGGAUUCCGCCCUGCAGAGAGACCUGUUCAAAAGAAACCUGAGGAUAACCUUAAACCCGAGGGAGACUUCUACAGCCCAGAGAAACCGAAAUACAAGCCUGGCGAACGUCCUUCUCAAGUACGCCCAGAGGACAAUCUUCGACCAGAGGGAGAGUUCUACACUCCGGAAAAACCUGGAUUCCGCCCUGCAGAGAGACCUGUUCAAAAGAAACCUGAGGAUAACCUUAAACCCGAGGGAGACUUCUACAGUCCAGAGAAACCGAAAUACAAGCCUGGCGAACGUCCUUCUCAAGUACGCCCAGAGGACAAUCUUCGACCAGAGGGAGAGUUCUACACUCCGGAGAAACCUGGUUUCCGCCCAGCAGAGCGACCUGUUCAAAAGAAGCCUGAGGAUAACUUGAAGCCAGAAGGAGACUUCUACAGCCCAGAGAAACAGAAGUACAAGCCUGGCGAACGUCCAUCUCAAGUACGGCCGGAGGACAACCUUCGUCCUGAAGGAGAAUUCUACGCUCCGGAGAAACCUGGCUUCCGUCCAGCGGAGAGACCUGUUCAAAAGAAGCCUGAAGAUAACUUGAAGCCCGAGGGCGAGUUUGUGAAGCCAGAAAAACAGGUGUAUAAGCCUGCAGUAAGGAUUGAGAAAAUCAUCCGAAAGGAUAACUUGCGUACUGAGGGCGAUAUGACAUUUUUGGAAAAGAAAGAAUAUCAGUAUGUUGUUAGACCCGAACAAGUUAAGCCGUCGGAUAACCUAAGACCAGAGGGAGAAUUCUUCAGUCCGGAGAAACCGAAAUACCAGCCCGGAGAACGCGUUACUGUUAUUAAACAGAAAGACAAUUUGAAAGUAGAGGGAGAAUUUUUCGUCCGAGAAAAGCAGGACUUUACACCUGCCGAGCGGCCUAAGCAAAAGAAGCCCCAUGAUAACUUGAGGCCGGAGGGUGAGAUGGUACUACCAGAAAAGGAGAAGUAUAAGCCGGCUGAUAAGGUCACCAGAGUUAUUCAUAAAGAUAACCUCCGCACUGAGGGAGAAAUGACCUUCACCGAAAAGACGGAAUACCAACAUGUCGUUCGACCCACUCCUGUUAAGCCUGAGGAUAAUCUCAAAACGACCGGCAAAUUUUAUGUUCCUGAAAAGACGAGCGUUACCAAUGGGGAGCGCCCCGAGCCAGUAAGACCGAAAGACAAUCUGAAACCAGAAGGUGUUAUGUACACUCCAGAGAAACCGAAGUAUGAGCCUGCAUCCCGACCAGAACAGAAGAAAUACGUUGAUAAUUUGAAACCAGAGGGUAAGAUGCACAUUCCGGAAAAAGAAGCUUUCAAGCCUGCGGACAGGGUCAAGACAGUUAUAAGAAAGGACAACUUGAAGACCGAAGGAGAAAUGACCUUCACCCAAAAGGAGGAAUAUCAUCAUGUUAAGCGACCAGAACAAGUUAAGCCUACCGACAAUCUCAAGGUCGAAGGUGAAUUCUACACACCCAACAAGACUACCUUCAGGCCUGCCGAGCGGCCCGUCCAGAAGAAGCCGAAGGAUAACCUGAAACCAGAAGGAGAGUUUUACAAGAGAACCGAUCGAAGUGAGACGGAUAGCACAACUCUGGAAACAAUCAAGAGAGAAACACCCAAACGUCCCGUCGAUAACCUAAAGAUGGAGGGUUCUAUGACAGUGACCAGGAAAGAUGACUACAAAGCUACCACUAACAAAACAACUGUUGAAAGGACACAGCGCACUCAGAAAUAUAAGCACAAUAGUUCUUCGAUUACUUUGGGAAGUGAUACUGCCAUCCUCAAGACCACCAAUCAGAUGAAUUACGUUUCUGGCAAAGAUGCUGUUAAGCAGGUCGAUUCGAAUAGUCAGAAUCCUGUGGAUGGCUUGAUUGUGGUCUCCACGAAGAAGGUAACUACUGUCGUCGGAGGGCGUCAUAAGAAAGAACCCGAAACCGAAUAUGUCAAGAGGCCAGCGAAAAUCAACGUCAUUGAGAAUGUGGCCAAAAACACCACAACCACAAACAUUGAGAACACUCAAAAUAUCCACAAAGAAACAACAUCGAUGCAACGAAAUCACAACCUUGUCCAGAAUGCAUCAUUGACAACGGAUACAUCCAAGAUUGCAAUCGAGAGUGACCGUGGUCAAGUCACAAACAAAGUUGGAGGAGAAACCACCACACGAGUGGUGGCAGGAGGUUCAUCAUCCAACAUUGUGACCGGGGAUUCAUCGUCAACCCGAGUCGUGUCAGGAGGUUCAUCAUCCAAUAUUGUAACCGGGGAUUCAUCGUCAACCCGAGUAGUGUCCGGCAGGACUAUAACCCGCAACACCACAGAGGAUACUACUUCAAGAGUCGUAUCUGGCAGAAACGUCUCCAGCAAUAUAACUGGCGACACAACGACGCGUGUGGUUUCUGACAGGAAUGCCUCUAACAAUAUAAUCGGAGACUCUGGAAGUAGGACUACCCAAAACAAUAUUGUCUCCGGUGGCUCAACAUCCCACAUGUCCUCUUCAAAACACUUCCAUCACAGGAAGAGCGAGUUCUCCUCCGAGGCCGAUGUGUCCAACACAAUAUUCCACCGCAAGAGCGUGACCUCUGACUCGAAUACGGCCAAUGGUAGCCUGACCUCCAACGGCAAGAUGCAGCGCAAAAGUAUUCUGAAUCUGCACGAGCAACCCUCCAGCAGUGCUACUUAUGGCGGGGAUCGGCAAAGCUACAGCAGUAUCCACCGGCAGAAUCGGGAAUCGGAUUUGAACAGCAGCUUCUCCACCGAGCGCCGCAGCUGCAGUGUUCACAAGGAAAACCGAGAGCACAACACGAAGAACUCAUCCUCCAUGUCUCGAAUUAUCUCUGGUGGGGGCAGUAGCGCCGAUACCAGAUCGAAUGUGGAACGGACAACAGUGACACGCACCCACAUAUCCGGGGGCGGGGGCAUCGAUUUUCCAUCUCAAUCUCACUCCCAUGUCGGCAGCCAUGUGACACGUCACCGUGGCGGCCAGCAUGUGUCCAGCUCCAGUGGCGGCAUCGAUUUCCCCUCCUACAGCGCCCACAGCCACACCGAACGUGUGGUCACCCGUCGCGGCAAUCAGUCCUCCAUUAGCCUCGGCAACGACAAGUUCACCGGCUCCAGUAUGUACAAGAGCGAAUAUAUAACUGCCCCGACAUCGACGUGUGCUGUGCACAAGAUAAAGCAAGGUGCAUUCCAACAUACCAGGAGUACUCAAGAACACAAGUUCUUCAAGACCUCAAACUAAUCCCGAAAUCAGAUAAAUCCCAGCUACGAUUAUAUACAUAUCUUUUGCCUCACUAAUAUCCAUAUCCCAUAAUAACGAUAAUAUAGUGCCUAAGCUUCCAUGACAAUAUGUGUGUUUUAUACAAACCAUAAAGAUUAACAAUAAACGUAAUUUUUUCAAAGCAA